AUGGCGAUCCAGAAGAAGCACGGAAAAGGUCGUCUAGAUAAGUGGUAUCGGUUGGCGAAAGAGAAGGGAUAUCGUGCGCGAGCUGCCUUUAAAUUGAUCCAGCUCAACAAGAAAUAUGGCUUUCUUGAAAAGAGUAAGGUCCUUUUGGAUCUUUGUGCGGCCCCAGGAUCAUGGUGCCAAGUUGCUGCCGAAUGCAUGCCAUCGCAGAGUCUUAUAGUUGGCGUUGAUCUUUCUCCUAUCAAGGCAAUUCCUAAAGUCAUCACCUUCCAGAGCGAUAUCACAACAGACAAAUGCAGAGCCACGAUACGACAACACUUCAAGACUUGGAAAGCAGAUACAGUACUUCAUGAUGGUGCACCAAACGUUGGUACCGCCUGGGUUCAGGAUGCUUUCUCUCAAGCGGAAUUGGUUUUACAGUCAUUGAAACUGGCAACAGAGUUUUUGAUACCCGGAGGUACAUUUGUUACAAAGGUUUUCAGGUCAAAAGAUUAUAAUCCCCUUCUGUGGGUUUUUAAACAGCUCUUCACCACUGUUGAAGCCACAAAACCUCCAUCUUCGCGAAAUGUUUCCGCCGAAAUUUUCGUUGUUUGCCUCGGAUUCAAGGCGCCCAAGCAUAUUGAUCCGAAGUUCCUCGACCCCAAGCAUGUCUUUGCAGAACUACAAGACCCAAACCCGAAUAAUGAGGCCAAAGUUUUCAAUCCAGAAAAGAAAAAGAGGAAGAGAGAUGGAUACGAAGAGAAUGAUUGGACCCAGCAUAAAGAAUUGCCAGCAACCGAGUUCAUAAAUACCACCGACCCUAUAUCAAUCUUAGGCUCAUACAACAAGCUUACAUUUGCGCAAUCACCAGGCGGCGACCUUGCCCUCGCCACAUUACAACGGCUGCCAGAGACAACAAACGAAGUACGCAUGUGCUGUGAAGACCUCAAGGUCUUGGGUAAGAAAGAUUUUAGGCAGCUAUUGCGAUGGCGAAUCAAAGUACGUGAGAAAUUUGGGUUAGCAGUGAAAAAGGGUUCAAAGAAUGAGGAGACUGAGGAGGUUGCCGAAGUCGAGCCAAUGGACGAGGAGCUGGCACUUCAGGAAGAUCUGAAGCGUAUGCAUGAGCGCGAAACCUCGAAAAAUAAGCGUGAACGGCGAAAAGAAAAUGAACGAAAACGAAAGGAUAUCAUUAGGCUGCAGAUGAAUAUGACAACUCCAAAGGAAAUUGGAAUGGAGCAGGCUGGUCCGCUCGGAGAGGGAGCUAUGUUCAGAUUACAGACGGCCGAGAAGCUACCAGCUGCGCGGUCAGUAUCCGCCAGCAGUAUGGCUGCUGCCGUAGAAAGCAGUAGUGAAGAAGAAGACAACUCCGAGGAAGAGUAUUCUGACGAAGAUGGGGACCGACUGGAGCGUCAACUUGACGCUCUUUAUUCCCAAUAUCAAGAAGCACGCGAAAACCGAGACGCGAAAGUACGAGCCAAAAAAUCACGCAAAGCCUAUGAAACAGAAGAAUGGGAAGGGUUCUCCGAUGAAAAAGAGGGUGAAGAAUCAGACAAUGAAUCUUCCCAGGCUUUCCCUAUAGCACCUACUGGAGGUCAUGUAAAUGGACUCUCCAACAAGGCGGCUAUGUUUUUUGAUCAAGAUAUAUUCCGUGAUCUUGGAGCUGUUGAAGACGAAGAAGCAAGCGAUGAUCCCACCCCGGCAAGGACAAAUGGCGAUACCAAGGAGCGACCGCCUGUGGUUAAGAGAGAUACUAGAAAAAGAGAUCGAGUGGCUGCCUCACCCUCCCCAUCAACGGCUAGCGACAAUAGCUAUGAGGAAGUUAAGAUGAGCAAGUCAAAGAACUUUGACGAUGACGACGAUCGCCAGAUGGAUGACCCACGGAAGAAAAACGGACAACUUGCGGAAGCCAUGGCUUUAGCUCAUCAGAUGGCCAGAGGCGAAAAAACAACCGAGGAGUUUGUUGACGAUGGUUUCCAUAGAUACUCCUUCCGCGACGUCGAAGGUCUCCCGGAAUGGUUCCUUGAUGACGAGAACCAACACUCAAAGAUCCAACGGCCUAUAACAGCCGCAGCAGCGGCCGCAAUCCGAGAGAAAAUGCGCGCCAUCAAUGCCCGGCCGAUCAAGAAGGUUCGUGAGGCCAAGAGCAGAAAGAAGUUCAAACAAGCGCAGAAACUAGAGAAGCUGCGCAAGAAAUCUUCACUGUUGGCCGAGGACGAGGGUAUCAGCGAAAGAGAUAAGGCGCAAUCCAUUGCGAAAAUGAUAAGUAAGGCUACCAAGAAAAAACCAAAGCAAAAAGUGAAACUUGUGGUGGCUAGGGGUGGAAAUAAGGGCAUAUCUGGUCGUCCUCGUGGAGUGAAGGGGAGAUAUAAGAUCGUUGAUGCCCGAAUGAAAAAGGAUAUCAGAGCUGAAAAGAGGCUGGCGAAGAAAAAGAGCAAGUGA